GCCGCGUUUGUUGUUCUUCCUUCUGUUUCCGAGACGUUCAGGGUCUAAACGGGUUCAACAGCCGUGUCUGCAUGUCUCUAACAAUUCACUCUAUAAAUCGUCUGCUACCGCCCCCGAAUGAAGAUUAACAGGUAUGCCAAAGGAAAAAUAUGAUCCUCCAGAUCCCCGUAGAUGUUACACCAUCAUGUCAGCCGAGGAGGCGGCCAAUGGGAAGAAGUCUUACUGGGCCGAACUCGAGAUAUCUGGACGGGUGAGGAGUCUGAGCACCUCGUUAUGGACACUCACCCACCUGACGGCACUGCACAUCAACGACAACAACCUGACCCGCAUCCCGCCGGACAUCGCCAAGCUGCCCAACCUGGUCUAUCUGAACCUAUCGUCCAAUAAGCUCCGCAGCCUGCCCGCCGAACUGGGCAACAUGGUCUCUCUCAGGGAAUUGCUUUUAAACAACAAUCUUUUACGAGUUCUGCCUUAUGAACUUGGGAGGCUUUUCCAGUUACAAACUCUGGGGCUAAAAGGGAACCCUUUGUCCCAAGACAUCCUCAAUCUGUACCAGGAGCCUGACGGAACCCGAAAGCUUUUGAACUACAUGCUCGACAAUCUAGCAGUGCACCCAGAGCAGCUCCCACAAAGACCUUGGAUCACUCUCAAAGAGCGAGAUCAAAUGAUUCCCACAGCUGUGUUCACGGUCAUGUGCUACAACGUGCUCUGUGACAAGUACGCCACGCGACAGUUGUACGGCUACUGUCCAUCCUGGGCCCUCAACUGGGAGUACCGGAAGAAAGGCAUCAUGGAGGAAAUCACCAACUGUGACGCUGACAUCAUCAGCCUGCAGGAGGUGGAGACCGAGCAGUACUACACUUUGUUUCUGGAAACACUAAAGGAGCGUGGCUAUGACGGCUACUUCUGUCCAAAGUCUCGUGCCAAACUGGUUUCUGAACAGGAGAGGAAACACGUGGACGGCUGCGCUGUGUUCUUCAAGACCGAGAAGUUUUCUUUGGUCCAGAAACACACUGUGGAGUUCAACCAGGUGGCAAUGGCCAACUCUGAGGGCUCAGAGGUCAUGCUGAACAGAGUGAUGACCAAAGACAACAUCGGGGUGGCUGUUUUGCUUGAGGUCAACAAGGACAUGUUCUCUGGUGGCAUGAAGCCACCACAGGAGAGGCAGCUGAUCUUGGUGGCCAACGCCCACAUGCACUGGGACCCCGAGUACUCGGACGUCAAGUUGAUCCAAACCAUGAUGUUCCUCUCGGAGCUGAAGAGCAUUGCUGAGAGGGCCUCGGGCUCCGUGGCGACCGGUUCGCCGACCUCUGACCCAUCCUCCAUCCCUAUCGUCCUGUGUGCUGACCUCAACUCGCUACCUGACUCCGGUGUGGUGGAAUACCUGAGCAACGGAGGAGUGGCCGAGAACCACAAGGACUUCAAGGAGCUACGCUACAGUGAAUGUCUGACCAACUUCAGCUGCAACGGCAAGAAUGGCAACUCAGAUGGAAGCAUCACACACAGCUUUCAGCUGAAGAGCGCCUACGACAGCAAUCUGAUGCCUUACACCAACUACACAUAUGACUUCAAGGGCGUGAUCGACUACAUCUUCUUCUCCAAGACCCACAUGAGUGUUCUGGGCCUGCUGGGACCGCUGGACAGCCAGUGGCUCAUCGACAACAACAUCACCGGCUGCCCCCACCCCCACAUCCCCUCGGACCACUUCUCCCUGCUGGCCCAGCUGGAGCUGCAGCCUCCCCUGCCCCACCCGCUCAACCCCCUCAAUGGGCUGCACCUUCCGGUCCACAGGUAGUGCAGCCCGAAAGAGCCCCGCCCACCCUUCUUACGCCACCUUCAAGCACUGUCCUCCCCCUCCAGCUUUAUACAGGACCCUGUACAGUUUAUCGAUCAUGUUUAAACUCAGACCCCUCCGAGACACACCUACCCAAAAGGAGUGAAGUAUUUGCCCGUUUGUUGCUCCUUUUUGUGUUUUUGCACACUGUAAAUGUUUUAUUUUAUUUUACUUUUUCUUUCUCCCCUUAAAAAGGCUUGAUACCAAAUGUACGGCUUGGGAUGAAGUUGCUAUGGUAACCCCCAAUGUCAAUUAUUUUGUUUGCCUUACAAACAAUCAUGACCACUUCUUAGAUUCUGCUCCUACAACAACAAACCUUAACUAAUUCUAUCAACUUUUAAAAGAUAAAUCUUCGACACAAAUGUCAGCAGAAAAGCUGAAUAUCAUUUGCAUUUCUUUUUUCAUUUCACACAGCUGUGAAAUCAUCUUUUUAGAGUAAAAACAGAACUGGAACCUGGUAUCACUCCCAAAUUAACUGACAGGUAUUUUAAUAAAAGGAGUAACACUACAAACAACUGAAUCAAAGCUAGGAAUGUUGUACGAGGAUGUGAAAGGUCUGUUUGCAUCAGUCUUUUUUGUAAACACAGGUCCAUAUUUUUAGUUCUGAUCAGCCGAAAAACACCAACAUAGUUAAUUCAACUACAUGUGAGUAAAUACCUGCAAUUUUAAGGUAAAAAAAAGUACUGAUUGGGCAUUUUUAAAAGUAAUGUAACGUCAUUGUAACACUAAAUUGGUGUAUUUCAUAUGGGAACAAGAACAUGAAAUCGUCUCAUGUCACAGCUGCAAGUCUUGUGAAUCUUUGGUCACAUGACAGCACUGAUGAUAUUGAUGACAGAUUGUUUUAGGGUGCUUUCAGAUUGAAACUUGCCUUGUGGAUAUACUAGUCGUUCAAGUCAAACGUUUUCUGGAUCCCAUUUCCACAUCAUUUGGGAUUACGUUGCCUGGUCCAGUUUUAAAAAACGUGAGAAAGAAGUUUACCUGACUCAUCUUUUUUGCAAAUCUAAACCUGAAAGCCGCCUCAUGGUGCUGCGUGGAUGUUACCGAGCUGCUGCAUUCACUUCUAUGAAUUUCUUCUUCUUUAAUAUGGGUCUUGUACCUCUCUUUGAUCAUUGCUAAAUAUUUGACCUGCAGAGGUAUCGUGUUCAUCUUGGCCGAUUCAUGCUCACUGUAAUUUAAAAGAUGAGAUUCUAGAGUUUUCUGCAUCACUAUGAAGUAAUAAAACAAUCAAUUCAGGCCGAAUGAGUGCCGAAAUCCCAAAUGUAAGCCUUGCAACCAAAUUAGCCCUCUACUCUAUGACUUGCUUUGAAAAAAGUAUUUUAACACAAGAAAUAGAUUUGUAACACGGUCCUGACAUUGACCAACAAGGCGCUUUACACUUUUAGCUUUUGAACACCUACGAUCUUAAAAGAGAAUCGUCCCGUUUCCCAUCACCUGACUGGCCAAAGAAUCUCCCCAGAAUGAGUGACUCAUGCUCUGUCGAUAAUAAGAUAGUAUUUAUUUAUAGGUCACAGAGAAAAAUACUUUUUGAGAAGAAUCUACUGAAGAUUUGUGACCAGGAGUCGAAUGUAUUAUGUACCGAAGGCUCACUAGGAAAUUGGUUGUUUGAGCCUCUUAAUGCCAGAUUCCUGUGGACUCUAAACUUUGUAUAUUUAUGUCAGAUGAUUAGAACUAAUAGCCCUUUAUGUAAGUUGUAACUCAGGGCUAUGCUAUGCAUUCAGCAGUACCUCUCAAAUGAAAGACUCGAAAGAGUCGCACCGUACGAGCAAAACCAAACAGGAAGCUAUUGUUCUGAAAAUCCUUUAUAAGCACAGGUAGUGUAUGUAUGGCAUACAAAUAUGUUGUUGUUGUAGAAAUCCCACGUCUUUGUGCAUUUUUGAUAAAAAAAAAUACUACUGCACUUUUGUUCCAUUCCCAAAAAGAAAAACUUGGGAAAUUUAAAUUUAUCAAAUUUUUGAGCCGCAAAAAGCAUUGAGAUAAAUUUGGUUUAGAUUCAUCAUCAUUUUGUUUCGUUGUAAGGCUUUUAAGAGCAGCUCAAUGUGGGAUCGACAGGAUAAAUGAAUGCAAGGGUUGGACUGGGUAUCAAUAAUAGUGCUGCUAUGAUACAGUACCUGAGUUUCAGUACCAAUUAAAUAAAAUAAUAUUUUUUUCCCCAUAUUUUGAGAAACUAAAAGGGGGCACAAUCCUGAAAUGUUUAAUGUCGUCAAAACCACUGGCUCCAAAUGCAGGGGUCAGGACCCACACAAGGGGUCAUGAGAUAAUUAACAUGGUAGAAAACAAGAGAACUAAUGCCUUCUGCUCUAACCACAAUCAGCCCCACGACACUGUCUAAAAUAAAAUACUGUCUAAAUUUGUAAACAUAAUCUAAAUCAGGAAAAAAGUAUUGAUACCCAGCCCUGUCUGUGCAGGCGGACUGAAAUAGCUGCCUGCACGUGCUCUCAGUGCUUAACAUAUCUGGCACAUUUCCUACUGUAGAGUCUAGUAAACCCUGACUUUUUGAGAUUGAAUUAGUUAAAUUAGUCAUAGCAUUUGCUCUGUUCAGUAUUUGAAAAGAAAAGCCAUAAUUCUGGGAUAAAUGGUGUCAGCACAGCACGGCACCCUGUAACCUCAGCUUUAAACCGCAAUCGGAUCGGUUUUACCGGCAGUAUCGGCUUUGCUUCAUUUGCACAUGAUUUGACGCUAACCUCCAGUUUUGGUGGAGUUGAUGAAGUCUAUCUUUGUGAGCAUUUUGAGGCCUAUACUUCACUCCUACACUCACCUCACUGGGUUUCUGAUUUUGUACAACAGCUGUACAUAAAUUAAAUUGCCUUUGACGACAGGGCGUCUUUCACAUCUGUGAGGGGAAUGUACCAUUCUCCGAUAAAGGGGCGUAUUUUUUCUCACAAAUCAAAGAUGUACUUGUACUUUUAUUUUCUUUGCCCGAUGCACUAAGAUCUCUUAUGUGAAUACAACCUCCACCUGUGUCUGAUGCUCAACAUUGUUUUUGAACUACGGGCAUUUUCUGUCUCUAACUAACAUGCAGUCUUUCAAUUGGUACUUUGUACAAUUCAGUAUUACCAAGUUUUUGAGGAAAAAAAGAUAAAUGUUCUAGGUUUAAAAGCAGUUUGUCUUGAUGGCUUUUAUUUCUCCAGUGCACAUUUAAGUGUCCACCCAACGCUUUUCAAGCUCUGAUGAUGUUGCUAAAUCAAAUUAUUUUGGUUUCUUCCUCUUUCUAUUUGAUGUUUCCCCCUCUGAGUUUUCCAUAUUCCUGUCAAUCACACACAUCAUCCAACAUCAGCCACUUGUUUUCCUUUUUCCACCAUAAUAUCCAACUGUCAUUACCUAUAAGCAUUUGACCUGUUAAUUUUGUCUCUGUAGAGUGCACCUCACAUACUUUUUCUACAAACAACGUGCCUAGUUUGUACAAUUUCUCCAACAGCAGCACUGCCCAUGAGACCAAGACGCUCAGAGAUUAACCCAGCACCAUCAUCCAGCCAUCCGUCCAUCCAUCCUUUCAUCCUUCCAAACCUUCCUGAAGCAACUCUUUGGGAAUGAGAUCAUGAGGAAUUGAAACUGAAGAAUUAUUCACCUCAGACAGGUUUCAGUUUUUUUAAUCUAACAGGUUUUUUGUAUCCGUAACAUCAAGGACAAACCCGUCAUUUCUACCAGAUAUCUGAACACUUGUUUGUGGGUUUUUUAUUUUGUAUUUUAGUUCUACAAAAAAAGUUGCUGUAUCGUUCACAGGAUUACCAUGACCAUCAUCGCAUGCAAUUUCUGAAUGUAAAAAUCCUGUUGUUCAAUAUCUGGCCAUUUUUUGUUUUUGUUUUUUCUUUGUUUUUUCUUCCUUCAACUGUUAAAUUCAUUCAGGCUGAUUUUACAGCAAUGUGGUCGCUACAUGAGGUUAUUAAAUCUGUGGCGGCCAAUAAGAUGCCCAGCAAUGUUCACUGGGGAAAAUGAGGAUUAUCUGACAAAGCAUUUAGCAUUUGGACAAAGGGUUUGUUGUUUUUAAUCUGCUUUUACGUGUUGAAUUUGACAGCCUCCAAAUAGGCCUGGUCGCUGCAUCCAAACCAGAAAACAUGAAUUUAAAGGACUUAAAUGUAUAAAUGUAAUAAUAUUUCUUCUCGGUGUAUUAACCUGUAAAUAAUGAUGUGGAAAAGGAAUUCAAUACACACCAAAGAAGUCUGAUUGAAUUAAGAACUGAGGCGGUACAACCUUUAAAGGCAUGGUGUAUCGUGAAUAUUUUCAGUAACUCUUGACACACACAGUGUCAUUGUUCAUUUACAAUAAUGACCACAGGUUAAUGCACUGGCUAUUUAUUUAAAGUGAUACCAUAAGAUUUGGACUACAAGGGGGGAAAGGCAGCAACUUUAGUGUCAAAACACUUUCUAAAGUCUUUUCAGGUUCCUGUCUCUCCUUCACAAAUGUAAUUGUGGGACAAAUAAGAACAGAAAUGCAAUGCUAUGCUAUUAUUUCUUACUUGGAGCAUUCCUAGAAAAAGUCCCUUAAAGUUACUGCCUUUCAGCAACUUUCAGCAGAUUUGUUUUAUUCAUAAUUUAAGUAAGUGAAGUGAAACUGGGUGAGGAUCCUCAGCCACCAGCAGUCACCAACAAAGGUGCUACAUUUUAAAGGACUGCAUUUAAACCUUAUAUGUAACAACUGUUUUAAGUUUCGAGACAAGCAGCUCUUCACCACAUUGGUUUUCAACCCAGCCAGCCUCCACCACAGACGGGAGGAAGCAAGCAGCCAGUGAGCGUUUUGCCACAAAGGAAUUGUGGUGGAGAGCUAAACUUAGACAAAGAGGGUUUUGUAUUGUGGAAGCCAAAGUACGCAUCACGUCUGACAAUUAAAUGUCAACAAGGUGCAAAGCUGCAGCGACACAAGCUACUGUUCGCCUGCGAGGACUGGCAGUUUGUCUAACGUAGGUGGCAAUGAUGAUAAAAAUAUACAGAUCUAUCCUUUGUAGAUGUCCUGUAAAAGGUGUGUUCCUGAAGAUAAAAAGAUUUGAAAUCAGUGAAAAGUUGUUUCUGUUACAACUUUUCAAAGAGCAGGAUGCUGUUUAUACGAUUUAAAAAUAAAAAGGACUACAUCACACUGUCAUCAGUGUUGGUUGAAGACCUGCUCUAAUUUGGGGAAUUUUCAUGCUUUCAUUUAAUUUAAGAAAGUAUAUGGCCCUCUGUGAAUUCAUAAAGCUUUUAUGAUAAUAAACUCCAAUUUUACACGUACACUAGUUGAGUUUACUUGUCAGGAGGAGUACCACUCAAAACAGCUGUAUAAUGUCACCUUUGGCUCUGGAGGGAGCUUUCUAAAGUUUGAAACAAUAACCCUGAUUAUGCAACAGUUAUCUUAGCUUGUGCUUGGAUAAUUUUAACAGAAAGCCUAUGUUGCAGUCUGGAGGUGUGGGCUUUGAAACAAGCAGGCAUUUAGGAAGCAGGGGGUCUAAUGGAACAUGCUAUUGAGCUGCAUUAUGGAAAUUGUAGGGACUGAAAGUCAGGAUAUCUAAGUCUCCUGCUAAGAUUGUGACCAUCCUGACCAUACUAAAUCACGUUGGUAACAGUACAAUGUUACCAAACAAUUAGGGUUAUAUAUAAAAAGCUUUAUUAGAAAAGCUCACACGUGGGUUACAGGAGGUUUUCAUCCAGAAAUGUGAUUUAGUUGAAGUCUUCUCUCUGUAGUUCCUGGGGGCCCGAGCCAAACAAGCUACUUAUUUGGCUGAUACCUUGGGCCAGCUCCGGCCCAAAUAACACUCAUGUAUGUCUAGAGUAUUGAAGCAGUGAUAUUUACUUGAAUGAAUGGAGGACUUCUACAAAGGCUACAGCUGUAUUUAAUAUGUGAGCAGUUGCACCUCAUUUGAAGCCAAACAUGCUCAAUAGCACUUGUAUCAUCUUUCCACACAAAGCCCCAACCCCUUCCCACCUCCUGUAGGCAAUAAACAUGUCAUUUUUGAAGA